CUGCUUCCCCGCUCGCAGCCGAGCGGCGGCGGCGGCGGGGGAGGCGCUCAUCGCCCCCCCCUUCCCUCCCUCCCUUCCAUCUAUCCAUCCAUCCACCCAUCCAUCCAUCUAUCCACACAUCCAUCCUUCCACCGCCUUCCAUGGGCGCUGAGCGCCGGGAGGCAGCGCCCGGCCGCCGCGAUGAGCGGCGGGGAGGUUGUAUGCUCGGGCUGGCUCCGAAAGUCACCGCCGGAGAAGAAGUUACGGAGAUACGCAUGGAAGAAGCGCUGGUUCGUCCUGCGCAGCGGUCGGAUGAGUGGCGACCCCGAUGUCCUGGAGUACUACAAAAAUGACCACUCCAAGAAACCAUUGCGUGUUAUCAACCUCAACUUCUGCGAGCAAGUGGACGCAGGCCUGACCUUCAACAAGAAGGAGCUGCAAGACAGCUACAUCUUCGACAUCAAGACCAGUGACAGGACCUUCUACCUGGUGGCUGAGACUGAGGACGACAUGAACAAGUGGGUUCGCAGCAUCUGCCAGAUCUGUGGCUUCAACCAGUCCGAGGAGAACACAGACACCCUGAGGAGCCUGGCCUCUAUGAACCACGCGCCGCGGUCCUCCCCGGCAGAGCUCAGCAGCGCCAGCCACCACCUCCUGCGGGAGCGCAAGUCCUCGGCACCGUCCCACUCCAGCCAGCCCACCCUGUUCACCUUCGACUCACCCGCCAGCCACCUCCAGAGCACCCUGUCUGCCAGUGCCCCCCAGGACUACCUUUUCCUCCACCAGUGUAUGAGCAGGAAGUCAGAGAACGCAAGGAGCGCCAGCUUCUCCCAAGCCACAAGGUCUGCCUUCUUCAUGCGGAGUGACACAGCGGUGCAGAAGCUCUCACAGGGCAACGGGCACUGUGUGAACGGGGUUGGAGGGCAGCUCCAUGGCUUUUACAGCCUGCCUAAACCCAGCCGGCACAACUCAGAGUUCAGGGACAGUGCAUACGACCUCCCGCGCUCCUUCGGUUCCUACACACACCCCAAGUCGAGCCUCACGAGCUCCGAAACAGAUAACGAGGAGGUCUACACCUUCAAGACUCCCAACAACACCCUAUGCAAGGAGUUUGGGGAGCUCUCCACGGACUCCUAUGACAUCCCUACGACCCCGCAUUCCGUCUACCAGAUCCCCAGGACAUUUACACUGGACAAGAACCACAACGCUCUGGCCGUGGCUGCCAGCGACUCGCCCGCUGCACCCCCUCCAAGACCCCCAAAACCCGGGCAGAUGGAGCCCCGGUGGGGCAGCCCACCCCAGCAGCCCCAGCCUGGUGAAAGCUUAGGGCUGGUCCCCAUGGCAGCCACCAUUCCCCGGAGAAACACGCUGCCAGCCGUGGAGAACAGCAGGUUACACCGAGCUGCUUCUUGUGAGACGUACGAGUACCCCCAGCAUGGAGGCAGCAGCGCUGUGCAGUCAGUCGAGUCGAUGAACGACGGGUACAACUCCUACCUGCACAUCCUCCUGCUUGUCCCCCAGCAAGCCAAGGCAGCGGUGGCCCGCUCCCACAGCACUGACUCCGAGGACAACUACGUCCCCAUGAACCCUGGUUCCUCACCCUUGAUCCACACCGAGAAAGCCAACGACAAUGCCCAAAAUCUCUACAUCCCCAUGAGCCCUGGGCCGCAUCACUUCGACCUGGUGGGGUUGUCCUCGGCCACCCUCCCCGUGCAUAAAGGAGGAGCCAUGGCGCAGUGCCACAGGCGGCUGAGUGAGAUCCAGCCCCCACCAGUCAACCGCAACCUCAAACCCGAUCGGAAAGCAAAGCCCUCGCCGCUGGACCUGAGGAACAACACUGUCAUCGAUGAGCUUCCCUUCAAAUCACCAGUCACGAAGUCCUGGUCCAGGCCAACCCAGACCUUCAACGCCGGCUCUUUGCAAUACUGUCGCCCUGUCUCCUCCCAGAGCAUCACCAGCACUGACUCGGGAGACAGCGAGGAGAACUACGUGGCGAUGCAAAACCCCAUUUCUGCUUCUCCUGUUCCUAGUGGCACCAACAGCCCAGCGCCUAAAAAGAGCUCGGGGAGUGUGGAUUAUCUGGCCCUGGACUUCCAGCCAAGCUCACCAGGGCCACACAGGAAGCCCUCCACCUCAUCAGUCGCCUCGGAUGAGAAGGUUGACUAUGUGCAAGUGGACAAGGAGAAGACACAGGCGCUGCAGAGCACCAUGCAGGAGUGGACUGAUGUGCGGCAGUCCUCGGAGCCCGCAAAGAGCACGAAGCAGUAGCGCCUGGGGCAGGCAGCAGAACAGGCAAAUCCCAGCUCCACUUGGGCUGGAUUCCUAAGACUUACCUGCAGAGGGGAGGGGAUUUUCAUUGUUUCUUGUUUUUCUUUUUAAGACGAAAAGAAACUUAAUUUCAGGGGAAGACUUGGCAGAUGCUGUUUGCCAGUGAUAAAGACCAACUAUGUUCGGUGGCUAGGUUUGUGCUUUAGCUGUUGGAUGCACUAUCCAGGAACUUCGACUUAGCAAUACCAGGUUUCACCUUGCACAUCUUUUGCUUACAGCUAUUAAAGCCACCAUGUAUGUGCUAACGCUGCAUCAUCUCUCCCUGUCUUCUUCCAUGCCAUGCAGGUUUGCAGCAUCUUUCAUAGGACAUCAUUCCCCAGCUCUGAUUCCCCACUCAUUAUGGUUGCCCUUCUCUCUGCCUCCUCCCAAUCCCAAAACUAAGCAAGGACCAUUCCUUUCGAAAUCACUUGUGUUGUCCCAACUCUUGUAAAUAAUAUGUUCAAAACCUCUGAGGGCUCUUCUCCUUCUGAAGGGACAGCCCCCAUGGUUUUGAUUGUGAUUGUUAACCUUCAGGAGCUUGAAGAGUAUCCCAUUGAGCUGACUUAGAAGCCCAGGACUUGCCCCAUUGAACGCACACAGAUAUACCAGCACAUGCUCACACACAUGCAUGCCUGAAACGGCCAAGUUUGUUGGGGUAUCUUCUGCUGUUGAUGCUCUCCAGCAUCUCCCAAAGUCAACGGGCUGGAGAGAUUGGCUUUGGAUGGCAGAAUUUAAGCCCCGACGCACUGCCUAGCUGAAACCUGUGAAUCUGGCCCCAGGAACUAAAAUCUGCCCUUUGUGGCACCAAAAGAAGCCCAUAGAGUGAGAGUCCUACGUCUGUGGCUGUCAUCAGAAGCUCUGUGGUUGAGUACAGGGGCACAGAGAAGCUCUGGAGACCAUGUAUAUCUGGGCUGAUAUGAGGAUGAGUGACAAGGUGGGAGUGGAAGGCUGUUGUGAGGACUGGGAGAAGGUGGAUGCUGUACUGCAGAGAUUAUCUUGGGUGAGGAGCUCCGGUGGGGUGUAUCCUGAAGGAAAGGAGCAGGGUAAUUGAAAUGUUGGUUGAUGGGGAGGCCUUAGGCUUGGGAAGAGGCUGGUCAGGAGAGUCAGAGCAAGGUGUUUCAAUAUUAGCGUUAAUGUAGCAUUAUGGUUGGUUUGGUGUGGGUACAAAGGACUGGACUAGAUAUUUUCUCCCCAUGUUCAUCAGUGUUUCUUCAACACAGAAAUGGGGCUUGUGGACAUUAAAGACCCUGGGCUCUAAUUAUGAGUAGGAAUCUGCUGUUGCCCCUUGCCAGCAUCCUUGACACAUCCAGGCUUUGGGAUCGCUCCCGAGGCAGCUGCCACGGACAGAGUGCAGAGAAGGAAGAGACAAUUAUUGCAGAGAUAAUAAUUCAUGAUCUCAUGAAAACAGGAAGAACUAAUGAUUGCCAUGGAGCAGCCUGAUUGCCAGACAGCCAGCGAUGACAUGAAUAAACAGGCCAACCACAAACCAAGAGCCAAAUGAAGGAGACAUUAGAAAGAUUAGGUAAUAAUAUUUAUGAAAGAGCUGGAGCUAUUCUUUCUGCAGCCUGGACCCCUCCCAGCACCACAAACUCUAUGUUCCAACCACCAAGUUGUAUUGAUUAUUAAAGCUCAAGUGUUAACACGUUUGUUUAAUCUUGGUCUGGGUUUGGAAAGGGCCACAUGUGACCCACACUGGGAUAGGAUACUGGUCCCUUGAGGGCUGCAUGCUGGUAAAUAAGUGUUGAAUUUCCAACACCAGUUUUUGUUUUCUUCUUGCAUGCCAUGAAAGGGAAGGAUAUUAAUGGAAAAGCUCUGACAACCCUUUUAAGACACUGAAGUGUUGGCCUUUUACAGGAAUAAUGAAGCAAAUAUCCUAAUGCUCAUGGUAAAAAUAAUAAUCAUCUAGGAGAGAGGGGAAAAAAAGACCCAAAGGGGAAGAUAUAGCACAACCAGAUGCUUUCUGAAGGUCUGGGAGUGUGUUACAGCUUGCAAGGGUCUUUGCUUCUCAUUGGGGGCUUGCAAGCUUGUAUGGUGAGAUAAUGAAAUGAAGACCAGACUACAGUGCUUUGUAUUUCUAUAGCCCCUUUCAUCACUGUAUCUCAGGGGAUACUAAACACUGGGCCUGCUCCAGAGCCCACUGAAGUGUGUGUUCACCCAUCCCCACCAAAAAGCAAAUGUGACUCAAGUGGGAAGCUGCUCUUUUCCUAUCCCAUCCUCUAAACUGUUAGGCGGACACAAGGGAAGAUGAGGUUGGGGGAGAAGAGUUAUGGUGCACGCUGGAUGUAUUUCCCUGCCAAAAUUGUGCUGUUCUCCUCCUCCUACAUGAAAAAGCAGCUAUGUCUGGGGUGGAUUGCAGCAGGAAUUUUUGGGAAUAGCUCUUUAUGCUGCUUUGGGUCUUGCUCAGUAAAACGGUGCAACUAGCUCCUGGCUAAAACAGUCUUGAACUGAAUCAGAUUGAGAGUUUUUUCUCCACCUGGGAGAUGGAGAGCUCCACAAGUCCCAAAAGUACCCUGAAAGGUGAAGGGGAGGCAGCAGCAGUAGGCAUUUGAUGGUGCAGUGGCUUGAGAGGCAACACUAUGGGCUGUGAUGCUUCUGACUGAGUUGCGCCCUGUACUUCUGAGCUUGGUGCAUCCAGUGCCCACUCCCAUGUUUAAUCCAAAGCAUUAAGAUUGGAAAAGGCCUUCAUGGUACUGGAGAAACUAGUCCCUUUCUUCCACUUCCCACAAAUAUCUGUUCAUGGGGCAAGCACUGGCAUGGGAUAGCCCUUUUCCCAGGCUCAGACCCCCUGUUCUGAUGAUUUGCUUCCAUGAGCAUCCCCAAGGAUGCGUUUGGCAAACCAAGGGCCAAAACAACCCAAAGGUAGCUAUUUUGCAACUGCUGCUUGCUGGUCCCUCUCUGCUUUGCAGGGAGGUCUGUGUUUUCCCAGAAACUGAUAUAUUACUCCAUUUUUUUCCCUGCUAAGCACCAAGCAAACGUCCCCUCCAAACGAAGUCCAUAGACUGUAGGCACUGUCACAUAGACAUGACUAUAUCUACCCUUUCCUGAAAUCCAUUAAGUAAUCAAUGGCUGCAGUGGAAAUAGUCAUUCCUUAUGGUUGCUGAGCUGAUUACAGCAGUCCCUGAUGAUUAAUGUUUCUGCAGUAUUUAGUGUUAAACCAUAUUGAAAAGCAGCUGGUUUAAUUACAUGGACUGCCAAGAACUUUGUCCUGAAGGCAUGGAGUUUAUCACAUCCACUCUAUGCUUGGAUGCUCAAGUAUGACUGACUCCUUUGUUAGAAAUAGGUAUUUUAGGAAGCUGAGAGCACUGCAAAUGAUUCUUUUUAAUUGCAAUUAAAAUGGCUUGAGUCUUCUCAUCAGAGCCUGCUCUUCAGCUCUUGAGUCCCAUUUAAGAAAAGGGAUGUGCUUACAUGUGUGUGUGUGCUCAUGGAGAAGGGUUGUCUGUGGAACAAGCAUCAUAACCUCAAUAUUUAGUUUUAUGAAGUACCAGGGCCAUGGCUGGAAGCUCUCCCAGAGCUUUAAAAUGACUAAGGUAGUGGUUUUGAAGGCAGAAGUCUCCAAAAGUGUGUAUCUCCAAAAGUGCUGUAAGUGUGCGGCUGCCGCUUACGUCUUGGGUGACAUGGUCUAGUGUGAGGUGUCCCUGCCCAUGGCAGAGGGUUGGAACUGGAUGAUCUUAAGGUCCUUUCCAACCCAAACUAUUCUAUGAUUCUAUGAUUCUAUGGUUACUCUGUCUGGUGACAUGUGUGAGCUGCCCUGGAGCUGAUUUGCUCUGAAUUGACAUCAAAGUUUUUGGUGGGAAAUACAUUUCCAGCUCUAAAUGGAUGCCAGGCAUAGGUUAGUCUCAAGUUGGAGAAAGAAAAUAUACGUGAGUGGAGAUUGUGCCAGGGCAAAGCUGAGUGUCUGGCAAAUAGGGCCAAAUCCAGAGCCAGAAUCAGAAGGUAGCUAAUGACUGGGGGCUAAAUGGGAUGGGUUUGGACCCAGGGCCACCAGCCACUGUCAAGGGUUAUAUGUGGGGGAACAUGAAGUUGGGAGGAGAGAAGGCAGAGGAGUUUGUGAGCAAGAUUUGAGUCUUGGACCUCACCCCACUUCUUUGGCAUGAGUUCUAAGUCAGAUGUAUGGAGAUUUGUGGGUUGUGGAGUGGGGUUUUGCUCAGUAAAAGCCAUGCACUGGUGGCAGGGGAGCUCCCACUGCUCUCAGCACUUACAGGGUUGUCCUGCAGGGUUCCACUUCCACCUUGGAGCUUUUCAAGGCCAAGGUGGAUCAAUCCUAUAGCUGACCCUGCUUGGAGCAAGGCAUAGGACUAGAGACAUCUCUUCCCCACACUUUACCCUGUGCUGCUGGUGCUGAGUGGAGACUCCUCCAUGAGAGGGAAGGGGCCAAAGGUGUUGCCUAUAACCCUAUAGCACCUAAAACAGGGCCAGGGCCUUUUCUCUAGCCAUGAAGCCAAGUGGCAAUGCACAGCUCAACACCUAAGGACAUAUUUCCCAGCGAGGGGACCUAAUCCACACUAGGGUCAUCACUUGCAUGUGGGAGAAGGCUGGGUGGCCCAGACCAAGUCAUCCAGGACACAGACACAUGGUGCAAGUAACUGGGGGACAGCUUGAACCUGUACAUGUCUUAGGAUAGACAUUGACCAGAGCUCUCUGCAGCCCCACAUCAGCCUCUACACCCUGGCCUCCCAGUCCCUUGAGCAUGGUGAGUUCCUUUGGCCACCCAUUGAGCAUGGCUCCUUGGGAGGGGUAGAGCCAUGCCUAGGUCUUAUGUGACGGCAGACUUUGGUAGGAAGAUGUUUAAAUACCUCCCAGAUCCUGUCUGACCUUCCUGGCCUACAAGGCGAGUAAGAGGAUGGUCUUCUCAAGUCAUGCUUGCAUUGUGUUUAUGGUUUCUCACCUGGUGAUACUGCUGUUCCAUGUAAAAGUUCACACUCACCCACUAUGUGUCCAUUGGAGGGAUGUUGUCUGGAUGAGAUGGGUGCAGUGGGGCUGUGCCUAUGGAGAAUCUCUACUUGAAAUGGAAAUGGCAAAGAGUAGAGCUUAACCGCAACGCCAGCCAGAGGACAUGCAUGGCCAUCAAAAAGCCAUCAAGAAAAUCAGAGGGACCAGCCCAUCAUCAAAUCACAAGGGCCAACAAACCAGUUUGGAGCCCUUGGUGAGUCUGUGUGCCUCUUCUCUGCCCAGAAAGCGCCAACCUGCCCACAUGUACACAAUGAUCUUGCAACUGUUAGUGAAGCUCUUGCAGGUAGAGAUGUGCACCUUUUGGUCAUGGUUUCUCCUUGGCCUGGAGCAGUUCAUCUCUCCAUCAGCUUGUCUUUGGUGUCUCAUCCUUGUAGUCACAAUUUGAUCUCCUUGUUCACAAGCCCUAAAGUAUUACUGUUCAUCAGGUUGCUACUUCAGUGUCUGCUGCUCAGAAAAGCUGAUAAGUAGCAAGGUGUCAUCAAACAGCUCUGUCCCCACCAACCCAUGGCCAGAUAGUCCUGCCACAUGGUGUACAAAUUUAAACACAAGCCGGCAACAUCUAGAGCAGAAGCUGGACCAUGUGGCUCUAUCUCCUGAGCUAAAAGAGCUUCUCAAUGGACUUGAUUCCAAUCCAAUGAUGCAGCCCAUCGCUAACAUAUAAUGGGCUCAUUUGUAGGCCAGCAGGUUGACUAUAUGGGAGAGGUUUGCCCCAAGAACAGGAGAUAAGAACCCAUCAUUUUUACUGUUAUUCUUUGGGUGACACCACACUUCAGGUAGGACAAGGGGGCUCAUUUGAGCUCUCUAUCCCACUUCUUCUCCAGCUUGUAAAAUGAAGGGUUUUAGUACUUACUUCCCCACCUCACAGGUGUGUUGUGGGGCGUAAUUAAUUGACAUCUAAUAAAGCAGAGAGCUGCUUUGAGUCUGCAUGCACAGCCAGGCAGCAUGUGGUACAACCCUAUUGUCAUGGCCAGCAUCACACAUGACGCUGCACAUCCUGCUCUGCAAAACCCAUUAAAAACCCUCAACCUUAGUUCCUGAGGUGGAAAAUAAUUUGGCAGGAUUUUCUCCUGAGCUUGGGGAAUGGGGGAAAAGCCAUUUGCACAGUUUCAGCCUUCUGCUGCCACACUGGCCCUGGAAAUACCACGUUUUGUUUGGAUGUGGUGGCUGAAGCAUGUUGUGGAGAGGGAAAUGGAACAGGACCCUGGGCUCCAAUUGGAGCUCACCAAUGAAUCCCGUAGGGUUAGGACCAAACUUUUAGAGUAGUUACAUCCCACCCAACCCAGCCCUUGGUGAAGUCAAUGGGUCUCCAUUGACUUUGGGUUGAGUGGGAAUGAACCCAGCCAAAUUAGGAUAGUUUUCUCCAUUUGUUCCUUAACCUGCUGCGAGGAGGGGUCGAAGCCCUGGCUCGGAAGCCAUGGCAUCGGCAGCCGAUCCGCAGGGAUGUUUUGUGUGUUUCUAAGCCUAUGACUGUUCUGAAAGAGAAGUAUUUUUAAUUCCUUUUUUUGUUGUUGUUUUCCAUUUGUAGAAGGAAGGACAAGAGUAACCUGUGGCAAACUGUACAGUACGUGUCUUCUUGUGGUGUCACUGUUUGAAUGGUUAUUCAGUUUUCAAAUCACUGUGGACAGCUAAUCACUUAAGUUAUUAAUUUAUUCUUUGGGGUUUUGUUGUUUGGUUUGGUUUUUUUUUUUUAUUAAAAGUAAUUUGAAACAAUUAUUUAUCCUGUAAAUUGGUCUUGAGUGAAGCCUAGAUAAUACUUUUUUGCUGUUAAUAAACAUGGUACAUGCCUGA